AGCGUGGGGGCGUGUCUGUCAGGUCCGAAGCAGUUGGGGGGGGCUGAUCCUUUUGGAAAGCCAAGGCGUCGAGAGGCCAAAGCAAAUGGGUCAAGUCAGUUUGGUGCCAGGAACUGAGGCGUCGGUACCUGGAGCGUGGGGACUUCGGGGGCUAGGGCGCUGGGGGCUCAGCGUGGGGGCGUGUCCGCCGGAACCGGAGCCCGGGGACUUUCUGGGCUGGGGCAUGGGGGCGUGUCCGCGCAGGGCUGUGGGCGUGGCUUAGGUGGGCUGUGGGCGUGGCUUAGGGGUUACUCGCUGGUGCGCCGCUGGCUGGCGGAAGCCUGUGCUGAAGACUCGGUGGCUGCGGGUCGUACUGUAGAGCCGCUGUGCGCAAAGGCCGCUGGGAGGCUGCUGAGCUUAGGGCCGCGCGAUGGCGCCGACGGAGGCCCGCGGCGCGCUCCCGGGCUGGGUCUCGGUGCUGGUCUGGGGCCUGGCGCUGUGCUGUCUGUGCGGGGCGGGCCCGCUGUGGAGUGGCAGCCAUGAGUGGAAAAAACUAAUUUUGACCCAGCACUGGCCCCCAACAGUAUGCAAGGAAGUUAACAGCUGCCGAGACUCUCUGGAUUACUGGACAAUACAUGGACUAUGGCCCGAUAGAGCAGAAGAUUGUAACCAAUCCUGGCACUUUAACUUAGAUGAGAUUAAGGACCUUUUACGAGACAUGAAGAUCUACUGGCCCGAUGUGAUUCACCCGUCCUCUAAUCGCAGCCGAUUCUGGAAACACGAAUGGGAUAAACAUGGCACCUGUGCUGCCCAGGUGGACGCCCUCAAUUCCGAGAAGAAGUACUUUGGGAAGAGCCUGGAUCUGUACAAGCAGAUUGACCUCAACAGUGUACUACAAAAACUUGGGAUCAGGCCAUCUAUCAACUACUACCAGCUUGCAGAUUUCAGAGAUGCCCUUACCAGGAUCUACGGUGUGGUGCCUAAAAUCCAGUGUCUUUUGCCAGAACAGGGAGAGAAUGUACAGACCAUUGGCCAGAUAGAGCUAUGCUUCACCAAGGAGGACUUACGUUUGCGAAACUGUACUGAGCCCGAUGAGCAGCUGCCCUCCAGGCAGGGAGCCUGGCUGGCCGUGGAGGCGUCUACACAUGGGAUGAUGGUCUGUGAAGACGGUCCAGUCUUCUACCCUCCACCUACAAAGUCCCAACAUUGAUGUUCACAGUUUGGAAAUAUUUUGUGUUCCACAAAGUAAGAAAAGUUCACAAAUCAUUGCUUUCUAAAAUUUCACUUAAAGGUUUCUUAAAAUGUGUUUGGCUUUU